AAGAGGAGGGAAAGAAGAAGAAAACUGUGAGGCAAUCUGAAGACCCACCAACAUGGAAGAAGAAAGGGAUUCAGCUGAUGAGGGAGGGACGAUGAUCUAUAAUUUACUCCGUCCAUAUCGCUUCCUUCAAUCUGUUAUAACUUCCUUACUAAACUGUCUUGGUUUUCAUUCUGCCAUUUCUACUGCCGAGCUUCUUCAAUCUUCUUCUUCUUCACCAACGAUUGAGGGUGCUCAAGAAAACAACCUUAGUUGCCCAGAUUCUUUGGAAAAAGUACGGAAAAGUACUGUAACCACUGUCGUCAAUAGUAGAGAUGCAACAAAUUUCAUGAUGCUUACAGUUGCGGAUAGGAGGCCACAACCUCCACCAAUAGAAUCUGGUCGAGGCCCCCAAACUAACCACAACACUGCCACAGUGGCCGCCUAAGUCGAGCAGGUAUGAUUUUAAUUUGGGGCAAUCAGCUCUAUGCGUAUGGAUGAAAUUUAAAACAUGUUAAUUGUUACUCUGAAACUGCAUCUGUAAUAUUAACUUUGUGUGUAUGACAGUAACUUGUUUCUUUCUUGAAUGAAAUAUUGAAAAUGGUUGAUGAAC